UCUAUACGCUUCCAUGGUACGCAUGUCAGAGAAAACGAAUAAUCAUACACGAUAGAAACUUCUUCGCUGCCUGUCUUGUCGCCUAAUUAAUAAAGUUCCUCAUCCUCCUCCUAUAUAUAUAUAUCCAAUUCCAUUCCAGGGUUUUAUAACGGUUUUACUCUCUGUGGUUGAAAGAGUGAAAGGUGAAAAUCGAAAUCAGUUGAAGAAUGGGAAAACAGGUGAUCUCAAUCGAUGAUGAGGACGCUCGCUUCUCUCCCUCCCUCUCUCUAAAUGAAAACCACAACAGUAGUACUGGUACUACUUCAAUCGGCUCCUCAGUGAUUCCGAUCGUCAACAAACUCCAAGACAUCUUUGCUCCGUUGGGAGUCGAACUCUAUUCAAAGAUUAAGAAGCUACCUCAGGUGGCCGUUGUGGGCAGCCAAAGCAGUGGGAAGUCUAGUGUGUUGGAAUCCCUCGUCGGCCGCGACUUCCUUCCUCGCGGCUGCGAUAUAUGUACACGUAGGCCCUUGGUUUUGCAGUUGGAGAAUAGGCCGUCCUCUUCCUCUUCCUCUUCCGAUGAUGGCAGUGAAUGGGGUGAGUUUCGCCACUUGCCCGGGAAGCGAUUCUAUGACUUCUCCAAGAUUCGACAAGAGAUUCAGGCUGAAACUGAAAGAGAAGCAGGGUUUAACAAAGGAGUUUCAGAUAAACAAAUUCGCUUAAAGAUUUCUUCUCCAAAUGUCCUUGAUAUAACUCUUGUUGAUCUACCUGGCAUCACUAAGGUUCCUGUGGGAGAUCAACCUAGCGAUAUAGAAGCAAGGACUAGGAAAAUGAUUAUGGACUACAUCAAGCAAGAAUCAUGUAUCAUAUUGGCAGUUAGUCCUGCAAAUUCUGAUCUGGCAACCUCUGAUGCACUACAGAUGGCUAGAGAGGCUGAUCCAGCUGGUUCACGGACAAUUGGCAUAAUUACAAAGCUAGAUAUAAUGGAUAGGGGUACAAAUGCCCGUAAAUUUCUGCUUGGAAAAGUCAUUCCUCUUCGCCUGGGUUAUGUUGGCGUCGUGAAUCGCAGUCAGGAGGACAUUAAUAAGAACCGUAAGAUUGCCGAAGCACUUGCGUAUGAGGAACAGUUCUUCCGUGACCGUCAUAUAUAUAACGGUCUCUCUGAUCAGUGCGGCAUCCCCCAGUUAGCAAAGAAAUUGAAUCAGAUUUUGGAGCAGCAUAUUAGAGCGCUUCUCCCUGGUUUAAAGGAUGAGUUAAAUUCUCAUUUGUUUGCUGUUGUAAAGGAGCUGCGUACAUAUGGAGAGGUUGUGGAAUCAAAAGCGGAACAAGGAGCGGUUCUGUUGAACAUUCUGACAAUAUACUGUGAAGCCUUUUCUGCUAUGGUGGAUGGAAAAAGUCAAGAGAUGUCGACCAAAGAGUUGUCAGGAGGAGCCAGGAUCCACUACAUUUUUCAGUCCAUUUUCGUAAAGUGCUUGGAGGAAGUGGACCCUUGCGAAGAUCUAACUGAUGAUGAUAUUAGAACAGCUAUCCGAAAUGCAACUGGUCCCAGAAAUGCUUUGUUUGUCCCUGAGGUUCCAUUUGAAGUUUUAGUUAGGAGGCAAAUUGCUCGAUUAUUAGACCCUAGUCUUCAGUGUGUACGACUUGUCCAUGCAGAACUAGUAAGGAUGAGCCGUGGAUUCGAAGCAACUGAGAUACAAAGGUUUCCUGUGUUGAGAAGGCAUUUGGAUGAAGUCAUGAAGAAGUUCUUGCACGAUGGCAAAGAACCUGCUGAGAGAAUGAUAGAGAGCAUCAUUCACAUGGAGAUGGACUAUAUUAAUUCUUCAAAUCCAAAUUUUCUUGGUGGAAACAGAGCUGUGGAACUUGCUAUGCAGCAAAUCAGAUCAUCACAGGAUGGUAAUAAUGUUGAAAGGGUACCCAUGUUAGAGGUGGGGCAGAGAUAUCGAGCGGUUGUGGCUAACUCAGUCGUGAACCAGGGUACUCGUCCUCAGUCAAAUAAUGAGAGACCUGUGUCAGCUGCAGGUAAUUCAUCCACGCGGACAUGGGGUAUCCCAUCUAUAUUUGGUGCUCGAGCAUCAUCAUCUGGAGAAAGUUCAGCUAACAGAUCUCUUUUAGAAACUAUUCAUGAUAUUGAGCAGAUCCCUUCUAUGAUCCAAUUGAGAGAGCCUCCUUACACCUUAAGGCCACAAGAAGCAAAAACAGAGCAAGAAGCAGUGGAAAUAUUGGUAACCAAAUUGCUCUUGAGAUCUUACUAUGACAUUGUCAGAAAGAAUGUUCAAGACUUGGUUCCAAAGGCUAUAAUGCACUUUCUGGUCAAUCAUACGAAAAGGGACCUCCUUAGCACCUUUAUACAAAAACUGUACAGAGAGAACCUUUUCCAAGAGAUGUUGAAGGAGCAGGAUGAGGUUGCCAUGAAAAGGAAACGGACCCAUGAAAUGUUCCAUGUACUGCAACAAGCUGUCCAGACACUUGAUGGUGUUGAAGCUGAUGUUUCUUCUGGAAGUCCAAGCCUGGGUACUGAUAUUACCACUGGAUUGCCGAGGAUCCCCGACCCUCUCCACUCAGCAUUGAAUGGUGAGAACAGGUCACAUUCAUCAUUCACCAAUGAUAGAGUUAUGAGAUAAUUUUGUUCGAGACAUCAGUCAUUACUCAUGGUUUUUUAGUCAGGUGGUGGGCCUUGAUGUUGUGUAUUUUCUUAAUUAUAGAAGAAUCCUUGAGAUGUAUCCCCAAUAAUAUGGUUUUAUAGUGCUUUAAAUUCCAGAGCACAGCUAGUGUUUGGAAGGUUUUUCCACUGGAAUUUGUAUUACUCAUAUGAGCUUGAGGUUUUCUUCUUCUUUAAUCUUAUGGGCAAAGGUGAAGGGUAGCAAACAUGUUGCAUUUGACAGGUGCUCGGUUCCGGUGUUAUUUUUUACAAGUUUUUUUGUAUAUAUUUUUUCUCUGUAUAUAUAGAUAAUAAAUAUGCAAGGACACCCCUCGAUUUUUGGCAGCCUUGCAAUUGUGCAGAUGUGUAUGAUUUUUCAAUGAUUUCAGAGCAAGAAUUGAUUGAUUGUCA